CACGGCAUGUCGACCAAGGUGGCCCAGCGCCUGGAGCGUGCACAGCAGGCAUCGCUAGACGCCGCGACCGUCGAAAGUACACAAGUGUGUCGUGUGGGGGACAUGUACUCCGCCGUAACCUUUUAUAAAAUGGACAUUUCGUUCCCGCGAACCCAGAACAAGUGGAGCAUCUCCAAACGCUACUCGGACUUUUUCAAACUGCGACGGGCAUUGGGGCUCAUGCUCAAGCAAACCAACCGAAUGCACGACACUGCGUGGCUACCGCUGAAGCUGGUGUCGGAGGCCACGACCGCGGCGUUCCCAAGGCGGCACCUUCGAAACGACACGGUCGCCAUCAUCCAAGAGCGCCGCAUCGCGCUCAAGUGGUUUGUGCACGUGUUGGUCAAAAUCAUGUGCAGUUUCCCCCCCGACAUGAAGCUCCACGGCACGCUCAUGGCGUUGCACGCGUUGCUCAAAGAGUUUCUCCGGUUCCCCGACGAACAAUUACACAAAGAUGCCAAACGAACGCUGGCUAUUUUGGCACUGGAAGACGUCGUCGUCGCCAGCAGCAGCACCACCGAGAUUCGUACUGAUGGAAGCUCAAGCGACUGCUGCAGCAUCUGCCUGGGCGAGUGGAACGAAGUCGAAUACGCAGACAUGCGCGUGGUCAAGCUGCCGUGCUCGCACGUCUUUCAUGAAGAAUGCGUCUUGGAUUGGCUGGGCGUGAGUUCAGAGUGCCCGCUCUGUCGCACCGAUGGCGCUACCCCGAUAUGUUAAGCCAGUCAACUGGGUUGUUUGAUUGUCGAAUAGAAUGGCUAGAGCGCUUUUGAACUUGCCAUCCAAACCAUGCACAUUCCGUAGUUUGUUUGUUGCCUGAAUAGUCCUAACGUUAGAAUUGAUGCGAAAAUAGAAUGUUGGUGGUGUA